AGACAGAGAGGCGGAGGAGGAGCAGCGUAGAGAGAACUCGAGCAGUCCCUCAGAUCUCGCCUGUGGUGAGGACACCCAUUAGAUGUGCAUUCCUGAGGCAGCCAGCAACAAAAAGAGCAGGAUUGAGUGAAGGAGAAGUUGUGACACCGUUUCAGUUUCUUUGUGACCACGUCUGACUGCCUUCUGAACUGUGCUGGAUUCACAURUUCCUCACAUUCACACGCCCGCAGGCUUCCGUGCACACAAGCCGAACAGCCGGCUCCUCUGCCCUGUGAGGACUGAAGGAUUUCCCUGACGGAGCAAGAAGGAAGGAGAGAAUAUAAACAGAGAGGAAGUUUGACAUUUUAAAGAGCAUUAAAGGAUCCAUCCUUUUUCUAGACGGUCAUGCGGCGGUAAGCUGUACCACGCCAACCUGAGCUGAUCGGUUUUGAGGAUCRUUCUAUACACCAAAUUGUCUCCUUUGGUCCCAAAUGGAGCUGAAAGUGUGGGUUGACGGAGUGGUGCGAGUUGUAUGCGGCUUGUCGGAGGAAACUUCCUGCCAGGAUGUUGUCAUUGCUUUGGCACAAGCUAUCGGUCAAACAGGUCGAUAUGUUCUUAUCCAGCGUCUGAGGGACACAGAAAGGCAACUUCUAGCUACAGAGAGGCCUUUGGAGUCUUUGGCAAAGUUGGGCCAACAUGGCAACGAAGUUCAGUUUGUCCUGCGGCGAACUGGCCCUAGCAGUAGUGACGGACCUAAUUCAAAACAAGAGAGACCCUCUCCCGUUCCACUACCCAAGCAACCUGAGCCAGAGCCUUUGAAUCGGACCCAACUUAAAAAAGCCCUGACCUUUAACUUGGGACCAUCAACCUCGCCUAAAACAAAAACCAAACAGUUGAAGAAGGCUCCUCGGGACUCCACAGAGCAAAGAGCCUCGCCAUCCUCUUCACCCACUCCUCAUGUGCCACCCCCUGCUCCAUCACCACCUGUUAGCGCUUUGAAGGAGGAGGUUUUCAGAAAAGUACUUCAGCAACAGGAGAGACUGAAAGCCCUCGGAGGCCAGCUCGAAACCGUAGAGAGAGAGUCACGUACCAGGGAUCAUUCUUACCCUUCUCCAUGUCCCUCACCAGUCUCUGAUGCACGCCUUCAAGAAGAGAUCGGUGCUUUGGAGCAAGCAAUGCGGCGAAACCAAGCUGAGCUUGCCCACGAGCAACGCUGGGAGGAGGAUCUUCAGUUAGAGAUGGAGAGGGAGCAGGGAAUGAGGAGGAAGCUGUCAGAGCUUCAUUCCAAGCUGGACGACUGCGGACGGCGGCUUCAUGAAUUCUCCAUUCGCUCCGCUCAGCUGGAGCAAGAAAUCCAGCUAGAGAGCCAGGCAGUAGGGAAAACCAGUGUGGUCAAGGAGUCGCUUGAUGCUGUGAAGGAGGAACUGAGGAGCCAGGAGAGGCAUGGGGUAGAGCUGGAGGAACAUCUGUCUGAGACUGACAAAGCUCUGGGGAAGGCUGAGUCUUUGCUGCAGGUCAAACAGGAGGAGUUGGAGGACUUGAAUAAGGAGCUGAGGCAGUGUAACCUGCAGCAGUUUAUCCAACAGACCGGUGUCCUGCCAGCACACACACACUCGCGCACAGAGCUGCAGGAGCACAUGGAGCAGUUGGAACUCGCAGCCGGCCGCAGCGCGACUCCUGUGGAGUUUCCAACUCGCCCUACUGCCAAACAGUUCCUGGGUCAUCCGCGGAACCUGCAAAACCCUCUAGUGUCCAGUCUCAACCCUGAGGUCCUGACAUCCCGAGAGUCGUCCUGGAGAUAAAACAUGGAGCGCAGGGCCAAGGGAAAAGUUGUUCACUGUUCUGUUGCCAUCCUCUUAUUUAACCUUUUACAUUCUAACCAUUCCAUUUGUCAUUCACAUGYUUUAUAUAAAUAAGACAAAAACUGUAUAUUUACAGAGUUUUGCUGCUGUAAACAUUUAAAUGAUCUGUAUGAAUUGUAAAAUAAUUUAGGAAUCUUUGACUUAAUAGAUUAUUGCUAUUACUGUGUAUUUAAAUACAAUAAACUGUGCAUUGCAUUUUA